AUGGGUUAUACCACGUUUUGGAAGCGGCUUUCGCCGCGUCAGCUGAAUAUCGCCAUUCAGAUCUUCUCGCUAAUCUCGAUCUUCUUCGAGGGCUAUGACCAAGGUGUUAUGGGUGGCGUGAACGCCUCACCGAGAUAUGUGACAGAGGUCGGAAUUGGUAAAGCCGACGGCACAGUGACUGACACCACGCAUCAAGGGGGUAUUGUCAGUAUCUAUUACCUGGGCGCAAUCUUUGGCUGUUUUGCCGGCGGAUGGCUUGCAGACCGUGUGGGUCGGAUUAACGGUCUACUCGCUGGAUCACUGUUUGCGGUAAUCGGUGGUGCCCUGCAGGCAGCCGCGCAGAAUUCGAACUUCAUCUUGUGUGCUAGGGUGGUCACCGGGAUCGGCACUGGCGCUUUGACUGGCAUCACCCCGGUAUUGGUGUCAGAGACAUCUACCGCGAACCAUCGAGGCGGGUAUUUGGGUUAUGUCUUCAUUGCAAAUUAUUUAGGAAUUUCUGUUGCAUAUUGGCUCUCCUUCGGUCUCGCUUUUGUCAAUAACGGUAAUUCGGAUGUACGAUGGCGGUUCCUCCUCGCGUUUCAGUGCUUCCCGGCACUACUUCUUGUAGCCUUUAUCAAGAUGCUGCCGGAUAGCCCCCGUUACUUGGCCUCAGUUGGGCGCAAUGAGGAAGCUCGAGAUUUGCUGAAUCGUCUUCGGAAAGAUCGGGCCUCUCAGGAGGAUAUCGACCGGGAAUACCUCGAGAUUAUCACCAUUGCGCAGGGCAGCAAACCCAGCUCUCCCGUUGAGUUCAUAAAAAUUCUAUUUGGAAAAGGCCCCAAGCCAGGGUUGAACCUCGGCCGACGAGCUUGGCUGUGUGUAUGGCUUCAAAUCAUGGCGUCCUGGACGGGUAUAACGGCCGUGACUGCAUAUUCUCCAGUACUACUUGCUCAGGCAGGUUAUAGCGAUAUCAAGCAAAAUGGACUUGCUGGAGGAAUCAACACAAUUGGUAUUGUCGGUACUAUCAUCAGUGCCCAAAUUGUCGACCGCUUGGGUCGACGUCCCUGCUUGAUGGGCGGGGCGGCUGUUCUAUUUGCCGUCAACCUUAUUGCCGGGGCUGUUUACGAGGGUUCGUUGCACAACCCUGAAAAGGCAGCUCAGUACGCGCCUGGUGCUGUUACGAUGCUGUUUUUGUUCAACCUGGGUUAUGCUGCCACCUGGGGCACAGUCGCUUUCUUAGUCCCCACUGAGAUCUUCCCUAGUGAUCUACGAGCCCAGGGUAAUGGAUUCGGCAUCACGGGAUGGGCCAUCGGCGUGGGCAUGACCACCUUGGUCAAUCCGAUCAUGUUCAAUGUCUUAACCAGCCGUACAUAUUUCCUGUUUGCUGGUCUCAACCUACUGUGGAUCCCAAUCGUCUACCUCUUCUACCCUGAAACCCGCAACCGCUCUCUUGAGUCCAUUGACGCUCUCUUCUCGACGUCCAGUCCGUUCUAUUGGAAGAUGGAACAGGCUUACAAGCUCCACGGCGAUGUCCUUGCUGAAUAUGGGGUUAACCCGGACCCUGUUCUCAGUGAGGGCAAAAGUGAACUCACAACAUAUCCGACAGAGACAGCAUCCUCUUGA